AUGCCGGUCGGGGUAUCAUUCACACAAUCAUUCGUAGGUGGCAUGUCAAAUGAUAACGUGUUUCUCUUUGGAGGGUUUAGAACGAAUCCAUUGGAUAAUUCAUUAAAUCUCGAUGAUAAACUUUAUUCAUUCAACACGGAAACAAAAGCAUGGUUUGAACCGAUCGUUAAAGGGGUGGGACCGAUACAGAGAAGGCAGUCCCAAGUUUCUGUUGACGUGAAUGGUAAAGCCUAUUCAUUUGGUGGGGUGAUUGAUGAAAAGACGGGAAGUUUUGGGACAACCUUGUUGCAAGAUAUGAAUUCAUUUGACACGUUCAAUUCGGAAUGGUCAUUGAACAUCUCUUUAACCGAUCCGGCCUUACCAUUCCCACGUAGUGAUUACACGUCAACAAUUUUAAGUAAUGGUUUAAUAGUUUUAAUCGGAGGUUGGGAGCAAUCCACUUCGGAUACAGGUUUAUUCGUUUACGUUAGCAUGAAAGUUUUGAAUUUGUUUGAUACUAAUACCGCCACUUGGUCGUCUACGGAAGCUCAAGGGGAUGUAAUUGAUGAAAGGAGAGCUCAUCAAGCGGUAUUGACACGAGAUGAAAACAUCAUAAUCUAUGGAGGUGUGAAGGAUUACUGGACCCCAUCCACGCCUGAAUUGGCCGUGUUAGAAACAAGGGAUGGACAAUAUCGUUGGUCCGUACCACAAAUCACGGCGAGGAAUCGUCCACCACCCCUUGUAUACUUUACAUCAAGUAUUUUUGAGGAUUACAUGUUUGUAUCAUUUGGUAACAUAAGCAAUCCGGUGACAAGCCCGUUGAACACCUCGUCGAAAAUAUAUUUGAUGGAUACGAGAAAUUUCACGUGGGUGGAUACGUUUGAGGUAAAGGCGUCGGAUGUGGAUCCAAAAACGCUCACCAAAACUCAAACGUCAAUCAUAAUUGGAUUAUCGACUGCGGGUGUAGGUUUGAUCAUACUCAUCUCGACUGUCACUUGUUACCUUCGACAGAAAAGGAGGAAGAGAUUUAUAACGAACAAGGGUAUAGAUAGUCACAUCGUUACUCCCGGUACUGAACAUUUCACGGUCCAAACUGCAAGACAGAUUUCAAUUAAUUUGCCUAAUUCACCAAGUACACCACGUUCACUAACUCGAUCACCUCAUUCACCUAGUACACCUACUUCGCCUUACAGUUCAUCGGUUCAGUAUACACCCACCAAUUCCGGUCAUUUUAGUCAAGCUAGUUCAUCCAUCGGCGGAAAUAGAUGGGAAAACGGUUAUUACCCACAAGCUCAUUUUGGAGGUGGUCAGCAGUAUUAUCAAUCUUAUGCUGAAAGUUAUCCGAAUUAUACCCCACCAUCUCCAUUAUUACCCCCAAACCAACCACAACAAUAUUUAAAUUCACCUAUUCAACCGCAGAUUGUACAGAAUGUUGUAUUACCCGGUGUAAUACCACAAUAUGGUUACAUACCUCAACAAGUUGUUUAUCAAUAUCAAGACCCUCCAUUUCCUUAUCAAGAAUAUGAUAAUCAAACAUCACGUCCCGAAACUCCAUCUCCGUUACAAUACCAAGGAAAUGAUUACCCCCCUCCUCUUCAUCUGAAUCAUAACCCUUCAAGAUCAUCCCCUACCCCUCGAUCCAUACCCGCCUCAAAUAAAAAUGUUACCCCUCCAAAUACUCGUGUUAUAACUCCUACGAUUACGAUUAAUAGACCCACUAGUUUAAUUGAUAAAAUUAAAAAAUUAGGUAGUGAUGACGGCAGUGGCGCUAGCAAACGAAGCAGUUUCAUGGAGAGAAUAAGACGAAUAGGCAAUGAUGAUAGCAGCAUUUCCAGUACCAGCAAAAGAGAUACGAGUAAUACUUUUUAUACCGAAAGUAGUGAAGCUAGUAAAAGAAGCAGUAUGAUGGAGAGAUUAAGAAGUAUUGGAGAUGAAGAUAGUAACGGUAGCACCAGCAAAAGAUAUACAAGUAAUACUGUUAAUACGGUUACCACGAACGCUACCAAAACCUUCAAAAUCAAUAUCAGAAAGGACAAAGACAUUGUUGAACUCAAGAAUGUCAUCAAAGAGAAAAAACAGCUAUUGUUCAGCACUAUCGAUGUAAAUAAACUUAUCCUCUGGAAGGUCAACAUCCCAACUGGUGAUGAUCAAAGCAUUCAUAAACUUUCCGCCGACGCAACCAUCAAUAUUGAGGAUAUCGGAGGCGAGUUGUUGCCUCCGUUGGGAGAAAUUCAAACGCUAUUCCCCAAGCAGCUUGCCAAGGAUCAUAUUCACGUCCUCGUAUUGUCAGAUGACAUAAAUGAGCUUUCAAAGAGAUGCGAUUUAGAUCCCGCCUUCAUCCCAUAUUAUUUGAGAACAAAUGCAAGGAUACUCCUUGAAAUUAUUGACAACAAGAUGCAAGUUAAUGAACAAGCCUGGUUAAUUCAAUGGAAUCGUCCAUUUCCGCGUGAUGGACCGAAUCAGACAAUGGAAUACCUCAUCUCUCAUAUCACAGAUCCACAGUGGAAUGGGGUAAACGUAAAUGGUUGGAGUACAGUAUUCACUUUUCGUAAUGGGAGACAACUUUCUGAAUGUGAAAGGGCCUUGCCGGAUUGGACAAGAAGACAAAUUGAAAAAACAGAUAUUGGAAUGAGUUUUCGCGUUAGCAAAGUGUCAGAUAACGGAAAAAUCGUUAUAGAGUACCUUGAUCAUGCUUUUAAUAGAUAA